AUGCAACUCAUCAUUGAUUUGGCAUUUAUUUCAUUGGUUACAAACAAUUCAGACUUAACACAAAUUGAAUUUUUCACACAACGAAUGCCAUUACCAUCGAUGACUGUUUUUGAAAAGUUUGAAAAUCAUUAUAUAUAUAACGAUAAUCACAUCGUGACGGCUAUUAUUUUGUUUAAUAUGACAAUUAUGUUAUCUGUUAUUAUUAAACGAACAGUCGAGGAAAGACAGACCCGUAUAACCGAUUAUUUGAUUCAAAUGGGUGUCGGGAGACAUGAGCUCUGGCUUAGUGUUAUUAUUGAUGCUCUAAUAGUAAUUAGUUUGCAACACAUUAUCGUAACAUUAAUUUUAAUGAUCAAUAACCACGAGUUUGUGGACGAAGACAGCCGACAGGUUGUUGAUAAUGUCCUCAAAGAUAUUAAUUUAAAGAUCAAUAAUAAGUCCAUUACUGUAAUUCUUGGACCAAAUGGUUCGGGAAAAACAACAUUAAUCAAUGUUAUUACCGGUUUAGUUGACUAUUCGGGUGAUAUAACCAUUAGUGGUCAUGAUAUCAGUCGAGAACAACAUUUGGUACAAAACAUGACCGGAAUCUGUCCUCAGGAUAACGUCUACUUCAAGUUUCUCACUAUUAAAGAUCAUUUGUUGUUAUUUUCAUGUCUCAAACGACUCAUACGUAAUAGUGAUGACGGAUAUACUGAAAAACAGUUGAUCCAACUCUUAGAUCUUAACAAAGACUUCAACAAAGAAGCCUAUCAGCUGUCAGGCGGAACAUUGAGACGACUUGUUUUGGCCAUUGCUUUCAUUGGUCCCAACGAUGUCUUGAUAUUAGACGAACCAUCAGCUGCUUUGGAUCCAAGAGUUACCCGAAAAGUGUGGGAUUUGAUUAUAGAUUCGCGAAAAAACAAAACUAUUUUAAUAACAACACAUCAUUUGAAUGAAGCAAAUCUAUUGGCGGAUCAAAUAUGUAUUAUAUCUAAAGGAAUGGUAUGUUUUAAUGGAUCAACUCUUGAUAUGAAAAAACAUUUCAAUUCGGGAUAUCAGUUGAAAAUAUGUAAAUCUAUUGAAUUGCAAACUGAGAACCAAAUAACACAAAUUAUUGGAAAAUAUACUAAUAUUCAGAAAAUUAGUAAAAAAGGUUUAAUUGAUACCCAAGAAGUCAUUUAUGAACUAAAUUUUGAAGAUAAUCAUAGAUUUUAUGAAAUGUUCAGUGAAUUGGAAGAAAAAAAAUCAAUUUUAGCCAUAAGUGAUAUUGCAUUAGAUAUGACAACACUUGAGGGCUCGUAUGCAAAGAUUGUCUCGACAAACAAUUAUCAAAAUUUUAAUAAUUUUGAGACUGAAUCCAAUGAUGACAAUAAUUUCAUUUUAAAGAAUAAUGAAAUAAUUAAUAAUAARUUAUCUCUUCAAUUAAAACCAUUAUUAUAUCAAUUAUAUAUAUUAAAAAAAAAAUUGUCGAAAAAUAACGAAGAAGAGAGUGUUCAAGAAUUACCAUUAGAAGACUUAACACAAUCACCAGAUGUGAGACAAGAAUAUGAAAUUGUUUCACAAAUUAUUAGAAAUAAUGACUUAAAUAACGUUUCACUUGUUGUGCAAAAUCUGAACAAAAUGUUAAACAAAACGACAAUAAUUCCUAAAUCGUUAUCAUUUGUGGUCAACAAAGGAGAAUGUUUUGGAUUAUUGGGUAUUAAUGGCAGCGGAAAGACAACAACAUUUCGAUUGCUUACCGGAGAUCUGGAGUUAGAUUCAGGCAAUGCCUACUUGGGUUCAGACGCUAACCUUUUGACAAAUAUGAGACAAUUUUACAGUCAAAUCGGUUAUUGUCCACAAAAUGACGCGCUUUUAGACCGAAUGACUGGAAGACAAACACUAUUAUUCUUUGGCCGACUCAGAGGUCUUUCAAAACAUUCAUUAAAUAUAUUUAUAGAAAAUAUAAGCCAAAAGUUUAGUCUCCAAAGCAUUAUAGAUAAGAGAUUAUCGACUUAUAGCGGAGGCAAUCGCCGAAAACUAUCGCUGGCCAUCGCUUUGAUAGGAUCUCCUCGACUUUUACUUCUGGACGAACCAACCAACGGUGUUGAUCCCGAUUCUCGACUUAAUAUUUGGCAAAUACUAAGACAUCUGAUUAAUGAGUCAAAUAUUUCUAUACUGUUAUCUUCACAUAAUAUGGAAGAAUGUGAGACAUUGUGCUCUCGAUUAGCCAUUUUGUCAAACGGUGUCAUCAAAACAAUUGGAUCUCUUCCUCAGCUUAGAAAAUCAUUUGCUAAUGGAUUUGAUAUAAUAUUAAAAGUUAAUUGUGAUUCAAGCGAUAAUAUUAAUGAUGAAUUAGACUCAAAAAUGAAGCAACUAUUUGGCGAGAAAUGUAUUAAUAAAUAUUCAAAUUGUGGUGUCUUUUAUUAUCAUCUCAUCAGAGAUGACAUUAAAUUAUCGCAAAUAUUUAAAUCAUUGCAAACAUUGAAACAAAACUUCAAUUUAGAGGACUAUAUGUGUGCUAAUAGUGGUCUCCAACAGGCGUUUCUCGCAAUCACCACAUUUAAUACACUUUGAAAAUUAAGAUUUAAUGAUAAAUUUAUACAAUAAUUAUUAAAAUAUACUGUAAUUAUUAUAUAUAAUUUGAUAGAAUAUAUAAAAUAAAAUUUUAGUA